GCCACUCACUGGAGCAGGAGCAUCCACACGCGCAGGGGAAGAACACAGGCCUCUUGUUUCUCUCUUUUUUUAACCUCCCCUCCGUCUCUCCAGACGGGUUUGAUUCUUUUGCAAGCUGGUUUUUCUCUUGCUUGGUUACCACCCACCUCUCCCUGCACGCACAUUCACACACACACACAUUCAUUUCCCCUUUUUGGAGGGUUUUUCAUUAAGACUUUUUUUUUAAGAGGUUUUUCUGUUUUUUUUAAAGCCAGCAAGAGACUGAGCAGAACAAGAGAAAGUGACAGCUCAGAGGGACCGUGAGCUCUCCUCUUCCUUGGGCUUUCAAUCAGAGACAGAGUUGCACGUUAUUAUUAUUGUUGUUGUGCCUUUUCUUUUUUUUUAAUUUACGUCCAUCUGUCUAUCCACAUCCACACUCUCACACACACUCACACACAGAGAAGAAGUCCAUACGUUGAAACUCAACGAGAACAGCCAUGGUAGGAAGGGCACAGCCUGAUCGGAAACAAUUACCGCUGGUCCUACUGAGAUUGCUUUGCCUUCUCCCUACAGGGCUGCCAGUCCGCAGCGUGGAUUAUACCCGAGGCACUGAUAACAUCACCGUGAGGCAGGGGGAUACAGCCAUCCUCAGGUGUUAUAUAGAAGACAGAAGCUCCAAGGUGGCUUGGUUAAACCGUUCUGGUAUCAUCUUUGCUGGAACAGACAAGUGGUCCCUGGACCCUCGAGUGGAGCUGGAGAGACAAACCCCCCUGGAAUACAGCCUCCGGAUCCAGAAAGUGGAUGUCUAUGAUGAGGGGUCCUAUACAUGCUCAGUGCAGACACAGCAUCAACCCAAGACUUCCCAGGUUUACCUGAUUGUGCAAGUUCCACCAAAGAUCUCCAACAUCUCCUCGGAUAUCACCGUGAAUGAGGGCAGCAAUGUGACCCUGGUGUGCAUGGCAAAUGGGAGACCUGAGCCUGUCAUCACCUGGAGACACCUCACCCCAACAGGCAAAGAAUUUGAAGGUGAGGAAGAGUACCUGGAGAUACUCGGGAUCACGCGGGAGCAGUCGGGCAAGUACGAAUGCAAAGCUGCCAAUGAGGUCUCUUCCGCAGAUGUCAAGCAAGUCCGGGUCAUUGUGAACUACCCCCCGACCAUCACAGAAUCCAAGAGCAAUGAAGCUGCUACAGGACGGCAAGUCUCACUCAAGUGUGAGGCAUCAGCAGUGCCUACGCCUGACUUUGAGUGGUACCGAGAAGACACCAGGAUAAACAGUGCCAAUGGCCUGGAGAUCAAGAGCACAGGGACCGAGUCCUCUCUGACAGUGGCCAAUGUCACUGAAGAACACUAUGGCAACUAUACCUGUGUGGCCGUCAACAAGCUGGGAGUAACAAAUGCCAGCCUAUACCUUUACAAGCGAGUUUUACCCACACUCCCCAACCCUUUUCCAGGGCCCGGCACAGGGAGAGUAGACAACGGUUCCAUGAGUUUGGCCGUACCACUGUGGCUGCUGGCAGCGUCCCUGCUCUGCCUACUCAGCAAAUGUUAAUAACAUCAGCAUUAAACAAAACAAAACAACAACAACAACCCAACAACAACAACACACAAAACAAAAUGCGUUAUACAGGAGACAGAGCGAAAGAGAGAGAGAGAGAGAAAGGGGAGGGAAGGGGAGAGAGAGAGAGAGGAUUGUUUCUUUCACAACUUUUGUGUGUUCAGGAGUGAAGGGGGGGAAUUACAGUGAAGAAGAAUCAGCAAAAUGUAUUCCGACUUCUGACAAGGCAUCCUUCAAGUCAUCGGCCAUAUGGGAAGCGACACAAAGUGUGGGACAAAACGGGGCACUGAUGAUAGCCGCAUCGUACUGAUGACGCUGACAUGUAAAAACCAACCAACCACAUGAUUCCUCCCUUUCUUUCUGUCUCCCUUCUUUAUUCCCCUUCCUUUCUUUGUCCUCUUCCUUUCAGCUGUUGAAAGAGAAGGGUCUUCACUUUGGUGUCCUAUAGCCACUUCACCCUUGGGCACCCUGGGUCGUUUUCCAAGCGGAUGCGCAGCCAGUUCAGGACUUUUGGGAAAAUACUCAUCCAGAGCUCUUUCAUGUACUGGUGUCCCAUGAAGGAACCCCACGCUUUCCCCUGCCCUCCCCUCCCCUCAACACACCCUCUCACUAGCAUCCUCUCCUGUAUACCCUCUCUGCUGUGGUCCCCUCCCUCUCUGCCCUGAGCUCCGGCUGUGUCAACUGUGCUUAAAAAGGCAGUGGUUUCCAUUCUCUUCCUCUCCCCCCUUCAGUUUGGCCGGGUGUCUCUCUCUCUUCCGUGUGUGUCUGUAUGUGUGUCUCUCUCUAAAGCAUGCAAAGGGAUCAGUCCAUGUGUACAUAAGCUCAUCAUGCUGUAGAUAAUGUCCUGCAUCGUAAGUGUGAGACACGGUGCUGAGAGAUCGCUUGGGUGGAUGCGAGGCGGCGGGGAGAGGGUCUUUUGUGACACUGGCUUAGAUGGGCCCCACUCUCUCCAUCCCCUCCUGGCUUGCUUUUGCCUUGACUUCCUCCUGGUUGGACGAGUCGAUCCCCAUCCUUUUUAACCCUUCCCUGAUCCACCCCACCUGGCUGGCGCUCAACCUGAAAGCAUCAGAAUAGCAGCUCCUGCUACACAUCAGUGCUUGUGUGUGUGUGUGUGCGUGUGCGUGUGCGUGUGUGUAUGUGUCCAGACAGGCAGAAAAUCAGUAGGAUUGACCUGUAGGACCAUGGAUGGCAGAGCUUCAAAAGUACUGCAACAGUCCCACUCCUCUGGAGGUUCUGUGGCGAGUAGUAAUUGGUGAGAUAGCUUCAACUUCACUUACCUACCCUACACAAAGGUAUGGAAAGGAUGAUGGUAAAUUACUCCUUAGCUGUAAGGCCUCCAAGUGGUAAUACUUAACCAUUUGGAAUUGCUGUGGAAAUUGAUCCCACCCUUUUAAUCACUCUGUCCUCCCUGCUAAAAUAAAAGUAGACUAUAAUAUCUAUAUCUCUAUAGAUACAGAUAUAUCUAUAUAUAGAUAGGUAGAUAGAUAUAUAGAGAUAUAGAUAUAUCUAUAUCUAUAUAUAUGUAUAGACAUCCUAUAUACACAUGUACUCUAUGACUAUACACACACACACGCGCUCAUGCACCGCUCCCCUUGGCUGGGGGUAGGAAGUGGAAGCUGGAGGAUGGGGCACAGGAAGCCUAGAAAUCCUGGUGGCUGCUGCAGGUGAAGCUGUAGGGGGAGCAGCAGCAUGGUGGGAAUCCAGGGGCCACAAAUUAACUGCUCGCGGGAUGCACAUGGCCCACCGUCCACCAGUUGGACAGUCCUGCUUUAAAUGAAACCCAGAUUGACUCAGAAAGUAUCCCAGACUUGGGACAGCAAAGUUAAAAAAUAAGUUGGGUCCAAUAUUUUGGACACGUCAGAAAAAAGUGGUGGAUGGAGUCUUUAUAAUACAGUAUGCGAUGGGUCUACCCUUACCCAUCAGUAGAUUGUCAGUAUUAUUUACUUGCUGAGGUUGCUUCUUGACAUUGGUGGGAUGGAGAUAAAGAUGGAAGCUUGGAAAAACUAGUGACGCUUGUUGGAGAAGGGAGAGUUGACCUGAGUAGAUCAUUUGAAAGAGAGUUAGUUGAACACUGCCUAUCGGUGGGAAUCUCCUGUUUUGGCAACAGAACAUAGCAUUAACAAUUGGAAAUGGUGAUCUAAAGAGAUGCAGAUGGCCCAUUAGCUGCGCUGAGUAUCUAUGCAAGGAUACAGCAGGAUUAAUGUAUCAGUGCUUCUAAAUUCAGCUAGAAUCAUAAGGGCUUUGAGUUGGGUGUUUGUAGCCAUUGCCUGCAUUGUGAACCCAGUGUCUGCUUUGGCACAAAUGUUGGUCCCUUCACAAGGGAGCCUCAGGGAGUGGAGUUACAAGUUAGGGUUUAGCAGCUGUGCUCACAGCACUGGCAUUCACAGUGUCCUAAUCUUACAGGUACCAUUAAUCAUGCCAUUUUAUAAAUAGCAAAAAAUCCACCUCUGCCCCAUGAAUAAAGACAAUUGGGACCUGCCUGGUAUAAUCUGACAAAUUAAGGGACCCUGGGUGCUAAUGGGUGCUGUGGAUCAAGUCCAGGCCUGAGAAAGCAAUGGAAAGGAAUGAUCAGUUUAUCUUGCACCAGAACAGGAAGAGUUAAUUCUGGUGUGCACUGCAGUCCUUCUCCUUGUGCAGCUAAGAAGGGAUCUGCAAAGCACUCCCCAUAAUUCAGUGCCUGCUCAGCAAGGCGGCUCUCACCUUGAUCAGCAGCACCACCCGCCCCUGCCUGCCUUCUUUUCUGCUGAGCUCUGCACUUUCAGCAGCGACAGGCAGUCAAUUAAGUAGGCAGCCAGGGCUUCUCGCAGCCAUCCAGGGCUGGCAGAUAAAUGUUAGUUGCUGAGUUCUUUUGUUUUUCCAUUUUUGUUAAAGCAGGAGAACAGAGAAAAUGGCCAUGGGGUGUCACUGGGGAAGGGACCAGCCAGGUGUGUGCAGGGGCUAAGAUGGGAUCUUCUGUAGGGUCUACGCAAAGCAUAUUGGGAUGAUGGAGAGCUGGCCCCAAGAAGCAUAGUUGGGAAUUAUUGUACCUUGGCUUGACACUGCUGCUGCUUGGGAAGCUUUGGGGAUAUUUCCAAAUGCCCAAGGGAGGGCUCAGCAUUUCCAGGCUAUGCCAGGGUCUGGACGGGACUCCUAACCACUCCUACUUGCUUUUGGCCAGUGGGUCCAGACAUUCAGGCCCAGAUCCAUAACAGUUCCACAGCACUUAGCUCCAGAUGCAAAAAGACAUUUAAGGUACCUGGCUACUCCGCAAAUCCUGCUACUCAUUCCAGAUUCUCCUAAAAUCAGAUCUCUAUAAUCCCCCGCUGUGUUCUUUUAAUUCUGGUGGAUUUUGCUGAGCUCUGUGGCAGAAGGGUAUCAGAAGCUUUGGGGCCGGGGGCUGGAAAACACAUCCCCUCCCCGGUCUCGUGCUGUGGAAAUCUUGAUAUUUUACUGACUUUCUCUCUGCAGCAUAUCUGCAUGUUGGUUUGUUGCUGUAAGGCAGCGGCUGGCAAAAAUUCAUUGCUACACGGUUAUUUGUGAGGGAAGGGCACAAUGCCUUACUUUGUUGUUCUAAGGGGCGCUCUUCAUGCUGGUUUAUUAUAGUAGGGUUGCUUAGGCAGCAGACAUUGGUUCGUUGCUAUAGAGUUGUAUGUAGGUGUUGGCAGUAGAUUGUUUUAAGUGAAUUGAAGAAAAACCAUCAAAGCUUUUUGCUUUGAAAAAAAAAGGCCAUAAACAGUAGCAAAACCUGACUAUUUGAACCUAGAAUGUCAGCAAGCGUCACCUUUUAGGAGGAACCAGCUGUUAGAACCAGCCCGGGCUACCAGGGCUCUCUUCCCCAGUGCACUUCUGACUUGUUGUGCCAGACCUUAGCAAGACUGUACCUCUGACUCCCCUCUGUAAAACAGCAAGAAAUAGAAUUACUCACCCACAUGGCUGAUGAAAGGCACCAUACAGGUACAAAGUAUGACUAGUAUUUAGUUUGUUUCUGGGGUCCCCACUCUUGAUAUCGCCUGUCCCUAGCUGAAGGGGGGGGAAUACUUAUUUAGUUAACGGUCAGGGCCCAAUUCGGUGAGCAGCUGAAUGCUGCCAGAGGGCUCUUGAGAACCUUUCAUUGCUUCUGAAGUCAAGGAGAGUUUCUCAGCACCUCCCAAAAGGAGAGCUAGAGUGAAGGGAAAAGGAGGCUUUGCCAAUCAUUUCUUUCCUCUCCUCGGAAUAACAUUACAAAAACACUUUCCACAGUGUGGAGCCCUUGCCCCAAAGCCUGCACCCCACCAUGGUCCUUCUUGUCCUGUCAAUCCAGAAAGCCACGUGCCUGCUUGUUGCUGACCCUCAGUAGAGGUUCAGAAGGGGACACCAGUUCCUUGAAACUGUAGGUGUAAUUGUGUUUGAUUGAUGGAGGUUUAACCUUUAGUGUUAUAAAAACAAAAAUGCAAAAAAAAAAAGAUUGUAUUUCUUCUACGACUUUGUAAAUAUAAGAGAGUGACAUGACAUGUCCAGUAAUGUCAAGCAGAGGAACAAGCACUUAGAUUUAAUAUAUGGUCCCGUACUUGCUAGCAGAUUUCUAACCCUGUUCAGAUUACCAAGGGGAGGACGGGGGAGAGGAACUCUUUCUGAUAGGAAAUGGACUGCACAAAUGCAGCCAUCCCAAACCAUGUGAACUCCAUGCAUGAUUGCAGCAUGUUGUUUGUAUGUGUCUGGCUGGGUAAAAAAUUAUUUUGACCUAUGCCUGUGAACUUCUGGGGAGGUAGAUGUGAGAAUCCCCAGCUUACACUUGUAUCUUGCCAAUGGGGUGGUUUCCCAGAUUGCAGCUUGAGGGUAUGUAGAUAAGCAAUGUCACCCCUGCUUUCUCCACCAGUGAAGUCAUGUAAGCAAGUGCUACCAUUGGGUUCAUGUUAACAUUACAUUAACAAAGAUUUAAUUGUUUAUGUGCAUCGUGUAAACAAAUUGACAGUUUUAGUUUGCACACACUGACAUAGCACUUACUGUUCAUGGAUCAUGGGAAAUCCCCAGUUUGCUCCCUCCUGGCCCAGUUUUCAGUCACAGAAUGUUUAUGCCCAGGCCCAUAUCAGUGUUAGAUUGACAAGGAUGCCCAUUCCCAUACUGCUCUGAGCAUCCUGCUAAGGGGCCCAUAUUUGAAACCCGAGCCCAUAGCAUUAGCAAAGUAAACUAUAUUCUUCACACAGUCUCCAGGCCAAUCAGAAGCUGCAAAUCUGGAAGGAAAUUUGAGGUAGCGACAUUCUUUCCCAAGAUGCCUGAGUGUUUGGGGGAGAAUGGCUGGGGAGGAAGAGGAACUGGCUUUAACAUCAUCCUCAGCACCCCCACCACAAGAAGGCAUUUUAGUCAGGUCUUGUCAUCAUUCUUAAUUCCUUCACAUCCUCUUGCAAAGGAAUCCAGCUGCACAGCUAGAAAUUUGUUCCCCUCCCAAGUCUUCUAAUGCAAUCAACUUCCUCUGCUCCAAAACCACUGAUCCAGGGCCAAAAUCUUCAUGGCACUUGACAUUAUAUGGUGAACAAAACCAAGAGUGCCAUGGAAGACUGUUCUGGGGAGGAGGUGCUAGAGAUAGGGGUUCUAGAUCUGUCUUCUGAUGCCACACAAUCUCAUUUUGACUUACAUUUACAGAACCAGCUUGAGACAGGGACCCCAGGAGUGGGUUCUCUAUACACGAGGAGCAGAAUGACAGGAGGAAAGAUGUAGCAUGGAGACCACCUCCUUGGUUUAGCUGUUUUGAAGUAAACUGACUGUGUUUGUAGUUCAGAUGAAAAAUUCCCUGCCAUGAUGACCAGGGGGGCAGAUUGUCACAUCUUAACCUUGGUCUUACAGAAGGUACAUGUCU